AUGGCAACUACGUUGACGUCGAGAGACGAGCCCAAAGCGGCAGAAUACGCUGGAGAUGAGGUCUCCGCCUUGGUGCUCGACCCAGGCUACUCCAGCGUGCGCGCCGGCUUUGCAGGCGAAGAUACUCCCAAGUCGAUUGUUCCUACGUUCUAUGCCGCGACCGGUUCAGAUCGAUUUUUCGGGGAUCAUGUGAUUGACGUGCCUCGCGAAGAUGUCGAGAUCAAGAAUCCCAUGGGAAGAGACGGCAUCGUGGAAGACUGGGAUGCGGCCGAAGCGCUAUGGAAGUUUUCUUUCGCGCACAAACUGACAGGAGUGCGCCCGAAUCGUGCGCUUCAAGAGUGGCUCAACGACCCCAAGUCAGUGCCAGAUCUCCAAAAGGCAUUGGCAGAUGCGGUAGACACGGAGCGGUGCCUAGAAGAUCACCCCCUCUUCAUGACUGAGCCUUCAUGGAAUCCUACAAAAGCCCGAGAAAAGUGCGUGGAGAUUGCGCUGGAGUCCUGGGCCGCGCCAGCAUUCUACCUUGGUCGGGCCGGCGUGAUGGGUGCUUUUGCCGCAGGUAGACCUACCGCGCUGGUGCUCGAUUUCGGCGCGUCUCAGUUUUCAGUCACACCGGUGCAUGAUGGCAUGAUUUUGAAGAAGGGUAUUAUGCGAUCGAACAUCGGAGGCAACUUCCUAUCGUCGCAGGUGCGCAACAUGCUCGAAGCCAACGAACCAGAUCCGAUUACCAUCACACCACAUUAUCUUGUCCAAUCGAAACAGCCCGUGGAUGCUGGACAGCCUGCCAAUGCGGUUUUGAAACAAUUUCCAGAGGGGUUCCAACCGCCGAGACCCUCGUUUCGACGCUACCAGGAGGAGAAAGUGAUUCUGGAAUUCAAGGAGAUUGCACUACAGGCAUGGACAAAUCCCAACACGCCGUUCCGAGGACAAGGCGAAAUAAUCGCCCGGGAGCAACAAUACGCCCAUCCCUUUGAAUUCCCGGACGGGUACAACCAGACGUUUUCGUCUGAACGAUUCAGAUUGGUGGAGUCAAUAUUCGACCCGCAGUGCUACUAUGGACCCCCGUCCGACUCCGAAGAAGCUCAACUGUAUCCGGCGCCCGAUGCUCAGGGCACAGUGACAGGGUUAGUCAAGGCCAGCCUUAACCAAGUGGACGUGGACAUUCGACCGUUUUUGCUUGGCAAUGUGGUCCUGACGGGAGCAGGAUCACUCAUCCGAGGGUUACCAGACCGGAUCCAGCAGGAGCUGAGCAAGCUAUAUCCCAGCACACGGGUGCGUAUCCAAGCAUCAGGAAUGCCCGUGGAACGUAAAUUCGGAAGCUGGAUCGGAGGCAGCAUCGUGGCCAGUCUGGGCACCUUCCAUCAAAUGUGGAUAUCCAAAAAGGAGUAUGAAGAGCAUGGGGCCAGCAUUGUGGAAAAGCGCUGCAAGUGA